AUGUUUAAUGAAGUUGAACAAAGAAUUAAUUCAAAAAAAAAAGAAAUUCAAAACAUUAUAGGUAAUGUAAAAAUUUUAAUGACCAUCAUGAUAAUUUUAAAAACCAGAAUUAUAAUAACCACAAAUCACAAAAAUUCCAACGAACAUAGUACCGAUCCCGAUGAUGAGAAUUUUUUUAAUUACGAAGUCCCCAGUGAACAUAAUGGUCAGGAUAACCAAAAUGCAUUAAAUAAUAAUGACAUUGAAAAUUAUGAACAAAACGGUGAUAAUAAUCUUGAAAACUCAAGUAGCAAUAAUGAUCUCAGUAUUGAUCCUGAUCAUUCAAAUCCCAAGAAUCAUGUUGAUAAUUAUGAACAAAACGGUGAUAAUAACCUUGAGAGUAGCAAUGACGAUCUCGGUAUUGACCCUAAUCAUAUGAAUGUUGAUAAUUAUGAACAAAACGGUGAUAAUAGCCUUGAGAAUUCAAGUAGCAAUGACAAUCUCGGUAUUGAUCCUAGUCAUACGAAUCCCCAGAAUAAUGUUAAUAAUGAUGAACAAAACAGUGAUACCUUGAGAAUUCUGACGACAACAACGAUCUCAUUAAUUACUGAUCUCGACGGUGAGAAUCCUUCAGACCAAUCAGAGGCCCCCGAAGAACACCAUCACCAUGAACUUGAUUUAAGUGACCACAAUAACAAUUCUGAAAACUGUAGAUCCGUAGAAACACCUCCGGAAACCAUCUUAACAGCCAUGAUAAUACUGGAAGCAAUCAUGGUUAUAAUACUCGUAAAAGAAGAUUCAACUACAGUAUUGGUUCGCCACCAAGAAGAAAUGUAA